AUGGAAGUGAAGGUUGAUGGUCGGCAACUACACUAUUUGCGCUUUGCUGAUGACAUCGUACUGAUAACACCUAGCAUCAGCCAAGCGGAACGAAUGCUGACCGAAUUCGACGAAACAUGUGGAUGCAUCGGUCUUCAGCUGAAUCUACAAAAGACGAUGUUCAUGCGGAACGGAUGGGUCUCGGAUGCCCCUUUCACGCUCAACGGAAAGAACAUAUCCGAAUGCACCAGCUACGUUUAUCUGGGUCGGGAAUUGAACAUGAUGAACGACCUGACCCUCGAACUGGCCAGGAGGAGACGAGCAGCUUGGGGAGCGUACAAGAGCAUCGAGGAUGUAGUGAAGAAGACCAGGAACACCCGGCUCCGUGCUCACCUCUUCAACACCACCGUGCUUCCUGCUUUGACCUAUGCUUCGGAAACCUGGGCAUUUCGCAAGCAGGAAGAAAACGCGGUGAGCGUCAUUGAACGCGCAAUUGAGAGAGUGAUGCUAGGAGUAUCCCGUUUCACGCAAGUGAGGGACGGGAUUCGAAGUUCUCUCCCACGAUCUCAGCGAUCGAAGAUUAGAGACGCCGCCGCGUUUGCCAAGGAAGGUAAAAUAAGGUGGGCCGGACACGUGAUGCGCUUUAAUGACAACCGUUGGACCAGAGCCGUGAGCGACUGGGUUCCCCGCGAUAUUAAGCGCACUACAGGAAGACCGCCGACCCGAUGGUCAGAUUUCUUCACGAAGUCCUUCAAAGAAAAAUAUGAUGCUCUUCGUGUCCCACGCGAAAAGAGGAACCACUGGGCUACUCUGGCACGCCAUCGGGACAAGUGGAAGAAUUACUGGCGCCCGCUCGACCAGUUCGAAGAUCAACGGGAGUCAAGGUGA